GCCAACCGUGUAGGGUUUUAGAGAAAUGUCGCCGUAAACCCUAGCGAGCGAAGAGCGAGAGAGAGGGAGAGAGCAUUCUCUCCUUGCCACUGACCUUCAUUGUUGCAAGGAUCUCUCCUUUUCUCUCUCUAGCCUCUUUGGUGCAUAUAUUGACGCUUAUGAAGCCUUGUCAUCUUCCCCUUUCGUCCGUUUAGUGUUGUCCUCCUAAGGUGAUUCAGAUACCAAAUUCUUAGUGGUGGUAGUAAUUUAAUACUCUGGAGAUGCUGGAACUCUCCUAUGUGGUCUUCGACCAAAAUUAUAUCGCGUUCGAAGUCACUUAUUCAUUGCAAGGCCUCCCCGGCUCGUCUUUCCUCUGUCAGUGCCCUUUGUUGCACUGUCGAAGAGCGAGCUACGGUGACUGGCGAUCGGUUUUCUGAGAAUUUAGCGGCUUCCCAUUUGGAAACACUGCGUCCCGAUGGGAGUCUUGGUCGAUUGGAUCAUUGUACAGUUGCAUGGAUGCUAAACAGCCUGCGAAGUGAUGCGAUUUUCGCGCUUUCGUUUUUCAAUCAUGUAAAGGAUUGUGGAUUUUGUCACGACAUUGUUACAUAUGCAGAGAUUGUGAAGAUCUUGUGUGGUUCAGGUUUGGAAAAGAAACUGCACCGGCUGUUUACAGAGCUUGUUUCUUCGUCGGGUAAACUUGGAUUUGAUGUUUGGUCAGUCUUUGAAUUUGUAAGGAAGGAGAAUUGUCGUUCAGUUGAUUUAGUUAAGGUUGUUGAUGUAAUAAUCAAAGUAUAUGCAGAUUGUGGGAUGAUUGGUGAAGCAGUUGAAGCCUUUUCUCGCGCAGGUACCAGUGGAUGUUUGCCUCAUAUUUGGUCUUGCAACUUCUUGAUCAAUUUUUUGAUUAGCCAUAGUAAGAUUGAGGUAGCCAGAUUUGUAUACGAUGAGGUAACGAGGCUGGGCAUCGGGAAAAAUGUUUAUACGUAUACGCUUAUAGUAAAAUCUUUGUGCAAAGAAGGAAAUUUGGGGGAAGCAUUUAAUAUAUUGAAAGAAAUGAAGACAGUUGGUGUUUCUCCAGAUGCUUUUACUUAUAAUACGCUGAUCGAUGGGAUGUGUUCAGCUGGAAAUCCAGAGUCCGGUUAUGAGCUGCUCAAGGUGCUUAGGAACGGUGGCGUCUUGCUGAAUUCCUUUAGUUAUAAUGCCGUCAUACGCGGGCUGAGCACCCAAUUGAAAAUGGAGGAAGCAGAACUCAUUCUGAAUGAUAUGGAGAGCCAUGGCAUAACUCCAGAUAUUUGUAGUUAUAGCACCAUUAUUGGUGGGUACUGUAGGAAACGGGAUUUAAAAAGAGCCCUGUCUCUGCAUGAUACGAUGAUCUUGAAAGGAGUGAAACCAAAUUGUGUCGUUAUCAGUUCCCUUCUCCAGAGCCUUUUUAGGGCUGGACUUAUGGCUGAGGCGCUGGAUAUCUUCCACAGAUUUAGGAAUUCGGGCCUUUUUGUGGAUAAGGUUCUUUAUAAUGUUGUGAUUGAUGCUUAUUGCAAGCAGGGCAAUAUGGAAGCAGCUGUAGCACUGUUGAAUGAAAUGAAAGGAAAACGGAUAACUCCAGAUGUUGUAAAUUACACUAGCAUCAUUAGCGGGUACUGCCGUCUUGGUGAACUUGGUGAUGCUUGGGAAGUAUUCACUAGUAUGACCCAAAUGGGUGUCGUUCCUGAUGUUGUUACUUACAAUAAGCUCGCCAAUGGCUUUUGCAGGAAGGGACUUGUUGAACAAGCCUUUAAACUUCUAGACCAUAUGUUGGAGCAAGGCCUUAGUCCAAACAUGGCUACGUACAGUAAUGUUAUUGAUGGUCUUUGUAUAGGUGGCAGGUUAGCUGAUGCAGAAGCGUUUUUAAAUGCGUUGAUUGACAAGGGUUUGAAUCCAUGCGUGACUACCUUCGCUGCAAUGAUCAGUGGCUACUGUGACGAAGGUCAAGGUGCAGAAGCUUAUGAGAUUUUCCUGAGGCUGGUCCAGCGUCGAGCUCUGCCUAGUUAUAAUAUGUGUUCUAAAUUAAUCAAAGUCCUGUGCAAGAACGGGGAUGUGGAGAAAGCUUUGAUGGUUACUGAGUUGAUGAUGGAUAUGGGUUGCAUGCCAGACGAGAUCAUAUACAACAUUCUUAUCGCGGCCCUUGCUCAAAUGGGCCAUAUGAAUAAGGCUUGGGUUUUGUAUGAGCGACUAGUGGAGAGUGGUGUCUGCCCCGAUGUCAUAACAUAUACUACAUUAAUAAAUGGAUACUGCAAGGUGAAUUGCCUGCGAGAGGCAUGCAAUCUGUUUAAAGAGAUGAAAGGGAAGGGUCUUAGACCUGAUGUUAUUACAUAUACAGUUUUACUUGAUGGCUUCUUUAAAGAAAGUUUGCAACGACGUUGUGAACUUCAGGAACUGAAGAAGAGGAAGCGUGGUGCCAUUGCCAAGGCGUCAGUGUUGUUUGAUGAAAUGAAGGAAAUGGGAAUUAAACCUGACGUGAUUUGCUAUACUGUUUUGAUUGAUGCGCGAUGCAAGACAGAUUGUCUUUAUGAUGCUCUUGUUCUCUUUGAGGAAAUGAUGGACAGAGGUCUAAUGCCUGAUGUGGUGACAUACACAGCUUUGGUCUCUGGUUAUUUUAAUCAAGGGGUUGUGGAUAAGGCUGUAGACCUUGUCGAUGAGAUGUUGGUCAAGGGGGUGCAGCCUGAUAAAGUAACACACUCAGUUUUAGAGCGUGGAAUCUGGAAGGCGAGAAAGGUGCAGUUUCGAAGAUAAUAUGCUUGUCCACACUGAGAUCUGUACGUUGUACUGUGUGCCACUUCGUCCAAUUUGUUGUGUCUAAUGGGUGCUGUAACCAUUCAAGCUGCAGAAUUAUGCAGUCAAGAUUGCUUGCGUGAACAGUUGCUCCUAAAGUCAACUCAGUGUUGUAUGUUUAUAUCUCAAAAGCAUGGAGUUUGUACUCACAGAGAUUGCUUGCUCAGGUGGUUGAAAGUCUGGAUGUGGUAUGAUCUACACAACCAUGGUUGAGAAAGCAAGACCUCUAAUAAUAAAAGGUUGGGUGUCUUUGCCCCAUGUCUUGGAAAGAGUUUACAAAAGUGCAGUCAGGUUUUGAGUAAAUUUGAGUGUUCUAACUGGCAGUAAUGAUGCUAUCGGGUUAUCAGGUCUAUUGGUGUUGCCUAUGGCACAACUAAGAUACUUAUCCUUUGGAAGAAUGUAGUAAGUACAAGCCUUCCCGCAGACAUGCUCGAAGCGAACUCCAAGCCCAAACUCUCUUGGGAACAGCGGGAUAGCCCCUCAGGAAUACCUCAUUGCAAGCUUAUAGCUUUGACUUGUCUGGAGCAAUGCCCAUGGGAUUUGAGCCAUGUCGUUGGUAGCAUGUAGUUGGUGAAGAUCAGGACAGGUAACGAAGCAACUGCUGCACGGAGCACAAGUGGAUAAGCUAGGAGCUUGCCUGAUGGAGGAGUACAACGUCUGUGACUCUUGCUUGCAUGUGCGAGUCAGAUCCUACAACAAACAAGCGUGCACAUCCAUUCUGCCUAUCUAUGGUAAGAAUAAAAAUCAAAAACAAUCCCCAAGAGUCCAGGCAGGCCUCUGGCCAAGAGGGGAUUCCUUCUCAGCUUGCUGACUUGGCCUGUCCUCAGGCUGGCAAACUGGAGUCUUUUCGCAUGGCAAGUCCUUUGCAUCCUUUGGCCAGAUGCUGCUAUCAUUUUCCCUUCGAUUGAUUGGCCUUACUUGUAUGUCUGUGAUGUGGCCAUGAGAUUUUGUGUAGGCACCAGCAAGAGUGAAGGGAACCCUUUGCAACUAUUGAUGAAGCUUUCCUUGGCCCAGCCACUAUAUCAAGUAGAUGGGAACUUGAGGUGGAAUUUGUAGCUCACCGCCUAUGAAAAUGCACCUCAUGGUCCUUUCUUUCAUUAUUUGUAAUUUUACAAUAUAAAAUUUACUUCAUUGAAACAGUGAGCUUUCUUUUAUUUACAUAAUUGAAAUACUGAACUUCCUUUCA